GAGAUCCUUUCAACAUAAGCAUAUUGCGAAAAAAGAAAUGGGAGGUACAAUCCACACAUUCAAUCAUUCAUCCAAAAGAAUAGAAAAAAAACAUGUGAAAACCACGAGAUCCACCCACAUAGGAAAAGACACAAAUGAUAGAUGUCACUAGUCAUGAAAUGCGAGAAAUUUAGUACACAAUACUAACAAUUUAGGAAAACCUUGUUCUAGAAAAUGGGGUCUGGACCCGGUUCACAGAACGUGCAGUUCCCACUUUGUAUUUUUCAGCUCUUUUCAUUCAUUAAGAAAAAAUUGAGUAGAAUAAGAGACCUCGGCAGCGAGACGACAACAGUACAGCAAGAGAGGCACGACCUGGCAGAUAUUCUACUCCAUACAAUGCGCGCCGUCAUUUGGAACAGCUCCAUGGGGGAGCUGCAUUCCCGGUCCACUCUGCAGCUGCAGCACGAUCUGAGCCACAACGUGAAGAUACUUGCAGCAGCUGUCAAGGUCGCGGACAACCAGUUGAAACAGCUGGAUGCACGCAUUGCUACCUUGGAGGCAAGGCCUCCCCAAGCAGCGCCAGGCUGCACGCCAGAUAUGACAGACACAACGAAGCAGCUCAAUGGGCGCAUCGAUCAUGUCGUCAAUCUCAUCAGCGACAUAGGUGUUUUCAAUGGGCCGGACACGAUCAGUAGCACUGUGGCCGCCAUCAAGACGGACAUCACCAAGCUGCAGACGAAACCGGACGCCACUACGAAGAACUACAAGAUGCCGCACUUCGACAUCAGCAAGUUUGACGACCACAACAAGACGGACGCUUUGGCAUGGUGGCAACGUUUCCUCACGGAAGCAUCAUGCCGCACUGUCCCGGACGACUAUCUGAUGAAGGCAUUAUACUUACAGCUGAUUGGAGGAGCGCAGGCAUGGAUGAACCAUCUGGCGGCUACCCACACAUGCACCAUCGCCGAACUUCACACGCACAUUACGUGGAAGGAUUUCGAGAAGCUGUGGUUCACCCGGUUCAUGGUCCGCAAUGUCGUGAAGGCGGCCAUGAACGAGGUGUACACCUGCUCUCAAGGAAGUAUGCCAACUCGAGACUGGACAACCAAGUGGCAGAAGAUAGUGACCACGCCAGGCUUCGAUUUGACUUUUCCUAAUCAACAAUCCGAGUUCUUCUCGCGAUCGUGCGCAGGAUUGCGGUCGGCACUCGGUAACGAGUACGACUAUACCUCGUUCYASGCUAUCCUGGAUCGCGCAAACCUGGUCAUCCAAACGGACGACAAGGCCGCUAACGAGAAACAAUCCCAGCCGCAUUAUGUGGCUAAGCAUGGCUAUCAACGUCCGACACAUAACAAUGCCAUGAUUUCGGAAGAAACAAACGAUCUCCACGCUGCAGCAGCAUCCUCGAGUGAUGGAGGAAGUGUAGCAGCGCUCCCGCUGAAGCGUCCCAAGAGGGUCCGGAAACCCAAGGCGACACAAGAGACGGCAUCGACGGGAACUGGGCAGCAGCCAUGGACGGCCUACAACAUCACCAAGGAACUGGUACCACCAUUAGACCAGCCAAGCCACGUGCAUUUAGCUAGCGUAUGCGCAGCCUGUCCACCGUCGACAAGCGAUCCGGUCAGUUCGCCACUGAUUUCCGAGGACUCGACGGCGUGGUCAAGACUUGAGGAGCUYGACCCGCUCACGAGAGAGGACUUCGCUUGGAUGCCUCUUCCCUCGACCGGAACCUUGCCAAGGCCGCAUUUCAACGCCUUGAUGGCAACUCUACGUUCCUAUUUGCACACUACAGUACCAGCAACGUUGACGGACGACGGAUUAGCGGUUGUCGAUCUCCGCUCCUAUCUUGCGAAGAUUGACCGCGAGUACGCCACCCAAAGGUACGCCGAAACCGACGUGCCUUUGCUCUAUAUCCGCAUUCAAAUCGGAAAGGCAACCUGUAGUGCCUUGAUUGAUUGCGGAGCGUCUCGCAACCUUAUGAGCCAAGCCUUUAUGGCCCGCGCAGGUCUUGGCCCCCGGGUUCGAAGGAAGACGCAACCUACGCAAGUUACACUCGCGGACGGCCGCACGCAAAAGUCAAUUGACCGAUGUGUCGACGGCGUUCCGGUAUACUUUGCGCCACUUGCGUGCGAGCAGGUGUCUUUUGACAUCCUCGACACCAAGUUCGACAUGAUUCUAGGCAUGUCUUGGUUGCGUAGUGCAGAUCAUCCGGUGAACUUCCAUGACCGAACCGUUCACAUCCGUGAUCUGAACGGAGUGUUAGUCCCCUGUACGGUCGUGACCCCUCACACUUCGAUUGCUUGUCACGUGGUUUCCGUUGCGAGAAUUCGCGACGCCAUAGCUCGGAAUGACGUCGAGGAGAUGGGCCUUGUAUUCUUGCAUGCUCUCCCCUCGUCGGACAGACCAGCCGCGUCACCGCCGGACCCACGCAUUUCUCACCUCUUGGACGAGUAUAGAGACGUCUUCGAGGCUCCCACCGGAAUGGUUCCGGAUCGGCCCAUACGUCACGGGAUCACUCUCGAGGCUGGCGCCGUCCCUCCGCGUGGAUGUAUCUACCGCAUGAGCGAAGAGGAACUCGAGGUGCUUCGCUCACAACUCGAUGACCUUCUCGACAAGGGCUGGAUUCGCCCUAGUUGCUCGCCAUACGGUGCCCCUGUUCUCUUCGUCCGGAAGAAGAACAAAGAUCUACGGCUAUGCAUCGAUUAUCGGAAACUUAACGCACAAACCGUAAAGAACGCCGACCCUCUCCCUCGGAUUGAUGAUCUUCUUGAGCGGUUAGGCGCCGCGACGUACUUCUCGAAGUUGGACUUGAAGUCAGGUUACCACCAGAUUGAAAUCCAGCCUCAAGACAGGUACAAGACCACGUUCAAGACACGGUACGGGCAUUUUGAGUGGGUUGUCAUGCCCUUUGGCCUCACCAAUGCCCCCGCAACUUUCCAAGUAGCGAUGACGAUUGAGUUUCGCGACUUGCUCGAUCGCAGCGUCCUCAUCUACCUUGAUGACAUCUUGGUUUACAGUAGGACAUUGGGCGAGCACAUCGUACACCUUCGCGUUGUUUUGGAUCGUUUGCGACUAGCCAAGUACAAAGCGAAUCUCGACAAGUGCGAAUUCGCUAGGCAAGAGCUUGAGUACUUGGGUCAUUUUGUCACACCGAAAGGCAUUCGUCCCUUAGCRGACAAGAUCCAAGCCAUCGUGGAUUGGCCGGAACCCCGUUGCACGACGGAUGUACGCUCUUUCAUGGGUUUGGYUGGAUAUUAUCAGCGAUUCGUCGAGUCAUACUCGAAAGUGGCCGCUCCUUUGUCGAGACUUCACUCCCCGAAGGUGCCCUUUGAGUUCGACGACGCAGCCCGUGGCGCGUUCACUACGUUGAAGGCAGCGAUGCAAGCCGCACCUGCCCUCCGUAUAUACGCUGUCUCUUAUACACAUCUAGAUGUGUAUAAGAGACAGGCGUUGACCAAGGCAUUGACCGGAGCUGCUGACCAAGAUUUUGACCAAGCUGGAGCUGGUGAUAUCUCGCUGAGCCCUUAGCCUAUCCCCUUACCCUGUGGAUGUGCACUCACCCUACAGUACUUGCUGAGUUUGAGUCUGUCUGUCUUUCCUUUCUGCAUUGAGUCUCUGCUGUCCUAGGUGUUAGGACUC